GCAGACAUACUACAGUACAUUAUAAUCAUAGAGGUGAAUGUGUCACAAGCAAUUUUCUUUGACCAAAUCAAAUCAUCACUGGAGUCCUUCAGUCCUUUCCAAGUAGACAACACCACAGAAAUCUCUAGCAUGAACAUUACAACAGUGUGUCAGCAAAAUUAUUCUGAAUACCAGUGCAAUUGUGCAGAUCAGUAUUUCUGGUCAUUUGAUAACUGCAUUAUGUAUGGCGCCUGUAAUAACCUAUCUCAAGGAACAUGUACCUGUAUCAAUGCCAUUCCCAGUGAUGGACAGAUGUGUGUGCCAAACAAUGAACUACUACUCUUUGACUAUGUGGUUGAAUUUGAGGUGAAUUCUACAAGUGAAACAGUGGUUAAUGAAGUGACAAACCUCUUUGGAGAAAGCAGUUUUCCACUUUUUAUUAAUCACACAGCAGAAGUUACAUAUGUGGACAUCACAACAGUGUGUCAACCAUAUGGCAUUGAAUACCAGUGUACAUGUCAAGAUCAAUAUUUUUGGUCACUUGAUAACUGUGCUAUGUAUGGCACCUGUAAUUACUCAUAUGAAGGAAAAUGUACCUGUAUCAAUGCACUUCCCAAUGAUGGACAGAUGUGUGUGCCAACAAGUGAAUUGCCAAUCUUUUACUAUCUGGUUGAAUUUAAGAUUAAUACUGAAAACGCAUCAGUGAUCAAUGAAGGCAGAAACUUCCUUGGAGGAGUCAAUUUGCCAUUUUUCUUUGAUCAGGUAGCAGAAAUUACAGAUGUGGAAAUGACAACAGUGUGCAGUCUCAUUGGUGCUGAAUAUCACUGCUGGUGUGAGGAUCAGUAUUUCUGGCCGUGUGAAAAGUGCACCAUAUAUGGACCUUGUGAUGACGUCAACAAUUCUACGUGUGGCUGCAUCAACGGUCUUCCAGAUGAUGAACAAUUAUGCCAGCCAAUCAAUGAGCUGUCUUAUAACUCUACAUGUCCACCUAAUCCAGUCCGAGCUGAAUAUCUGAUUGAGGUUGAGAUUAGCACAGCAGAUUUCUCAUUUGGGUAUCAACUUAAAUACGAUCUGGAGACAUCAAUUUUCCCCUUCAUAAAUUUCAUGAAAAUUAACAUGACUACAGUGUGUCAGCUAAUUGGCAUUGAAUACCAGUGUACAUGUCAAGAUCAGUAUUUCUGGUCACUUGAUAACUGUGCUAUGUAUGGCACCUGUAAUUACGCGAAUGAAAAUGCAUGUACCUGUAUCAAUGCACUUCCCAGUGAUGGACAGAUGUGUGUGCCAACAAGUGAACUGCCAAUCUUUUACUAUCUGGUUGAAUUUAAGAUUAAUACUGAAAACACAUCAGUGAUCAAUGAAGGCAGAAACUUCCUUGGAGGAGUCAAUUUACCAUUUUUCUUUGGUCAGGUAGCAGAAAUUACAGAUGUGGAAAUGACAACAGUGUGCAGUCUCAUUGGUGCUGAAUAUCACUGCUGGUGUGAGGAUCAGUAUUUCUGGCCGUGUGAAAAGUGCACCAUAUAUGGACCUUGUGAUGACGUCAACAAUUCUACGUGUGGCUGCAUCAACGGUCUUCCAGAUGAUGAACAAUUAUGCCAGCCAAUCAAUGAGCUGUCUUAUAACUCUACAUGUCCACCUAAUCCAGUCCGAGCUGAAUAUCUGAUUGAGGUUGAGAUUAGCACAGCAGAUUUCUCAUUUGGGUAUCAACUUAAAUACGAUCUGGAGACAUCAAUUUUCCCCUUCAUAAAUUUCAUGAAAAUUAACAUGACUACAGUGUGUCAGCUAAUUGGCAUUGAAUACCAGUGUACAUGUCAAGAUCAGUAUUUCUGGUCACUUGAUACCUGUGCUAUGUAUGGCACCUGUAAUUACGCGAAUGAAAAUGCAUGUACCUGUAUCAAUGCACUUCCCAGUGAUGGACAGAUGUGUGUGCCAACAAAUGAACUGCCAGUCUUUUACUAUCUGGUUGAAUUUGAGAUUAAUACUGAAACGGCAUCAGUGAUCAUUGAAGGCAGACCCUUUCUUGGACGAGUCAAUUUGCCCUUUUUCUUUGACCAGGUAGCAGAAAUUACAGAUGUGGAAAUGACAACAGUGUGCAGUCUCAUUGGUGCUGAAUAUCACUGCUGGUGUGAGGAUCAGUAUUUUUGGCCGUGUGAAAAGUGCACCAUAUAUGGACCUUGUGAUGACGUCAACAAUUCUACGUGUGGCUGCAUCAACGGUCUUCCAGAUGAUGAACAAUUAUGCCAGCCAAUCAAUGAGCUGUCUUAUAACUCUACAUGUCCACCUAAUCCAGUCCGAGCUGAAUAUCUGAUUGAGGUUGAGAUUAGCACAGCAGAUUUCUCAUUUGGGUAUCAACUUAAAUACGAUCUGGAGACAUCAAUUUUCCCCUUCAUAAAUUUCAUGAAAAUUAACAUGACUACAGUGUGUCAGCUAAUUGGCAUUGAAUACCAGUGUACAUGUCAAGAUCAGUAUUUCUGGUCACUUGAUAACUGUGCUAUGUAUGGCACCUGUAAUUACGCGAAUGAAAAUGCAUGUACCUGUAUCAAUGCACUUCCCAGUGAUGGACAGAUGUGUGUGCCAACAAGUGAACUGCCAAUCUUUUACUAUCUGGUUGAAUUUAAGAUUAAUACUGAAAACACAUCAGUGAUCAAUGAAGGCAAAAACUUCCUUGGAGGAGUCAAUUUACCAUUUUUCUUUGGUCAUGUAGCAGAAAUUACAGAUGUGGAAAUGACAACAGUGUGCAGUCUCAUUGGUGCUGAAUAUCACUGCUGGUGUGAGGAUCAGUAUUUUUGGCCGUGUGAAAAGUGCACCAUAUAUGGAAAUUGUGAUGACGUCAACAAUUCUACGUGUGGCUGCAUCAACGGGCUUCCAGAUGAUGAACAAUUAUGCCAGUCAAUCAAUGAGCUGUCUUAUAACUCUACAUGUCCACCUAAUCCAGUCCGAGCUGAGUAUCUGAUUGAGCUUGAGAUUAGCGGACCAGAUGCAACAAUCGGGAGUCAACUUAAAUACCUUCUGGAGACAUCAAUUUUCCCCUUCAUACAUUUUACUGAAAUUAACAUGACUACAGGUAACUGA